AUGUCGGUGUGGGACGCUUUCAGCGGUCGGAAAUCCUCCAAGCAGCAGUCACCCGAGCCUUCUCCUGCAGCCUCAGGUUUUUCCUCUUCUCCGUCGAUAGGUGGCUACGCAACUGCCACUUCACCCUAUGACCCCAACUCCGCAGCUGAUGCGUCCUCAUUCCUCGGGAAUCUCUCUCUUCCAGACGCAUCAAAGCUGCAUCCGCUUGCGGGACUGAAUCAACAGACACUAGACUACCUUUCGCUGGACGAAUCUCAACUCUCAGAUCUCCCGGGCUCCAGGUCAUUAUUACCUUCGCGCGGAUGGUCGGACGAUCUCUGUUAUGGCACUGGCGUCACAUACCUAUCUGCAUUGACAAUUGGAGGUACCUGGGGCUUAAUUGAGGGAUUGAACCGGACGCCGGCGUCUGCACCUCCCAAACUGCGUCUAAACAGCGUUUUGAACAGCAUCACUCGACGCGGCCCGUUCUUAGGUAAUUCGGCCGGAGUUGUUGCCAUGGUCUACAACGGUUUCAACUCAACAAUAGGGUACUACCGGGGCAAGCAUGAUGCUGCUAACAGUAUCGUGGCUGGCGCACUGAGCGGUAUGCUUUUCAAAAGUACAAGAGGCGUGAAGCCCAUGAUGAUUUCUGGCGGCAUUGUGGCAUCGAUAGCAGGCGCCUGGGCAGUGACCCGCAAAGUCCUUUUCGAGUUGCCCGACGAGCAACCUAUGACAUCUGGUGCGACUCUUUAA